GUGGGCUCCAGCUCCAGCUGCCGGUACUUCCGGUCAUCGUUGGCCCGCAUUAUAAUGGCUGCUGCCUCUGUCUAGCACCUUGUCUCUUAUCUCUGUUGGAGCGAUCCCGCAGCGCGGAGAACAGCGACGCCGUGGCUCACACGCCGGCCUCCCCUCGACGUGGCACCAUGGGCCGGGAGUCACGGCACUACAGGAAACGAUCGGCAUCCCGGGGUCGAUCUGGAAGUCGAUCUAGGAGUCGUUCUCCAUCUGAUAAAAGAACUAAACGUGGAGAUGACAGACGCUCAAGAAGCAGAGACCGAGAUAGAAGGCGAGAAAGAUCUCGAAGUAGGGAUAAGAGAAGGUCUCGAUCUCGAGACAGAAAACGCCUGAGACGAUCAAGAAGUAGAGAGAGAGAGAGAAGCAGAGAGCGGAGACGAUCUCGAAGUCGAGACAGGAGACGAUCAAGAAGCAGAAGCCGAGGAAGGCGCUCACGAUCAUCUAGUCCUGGCAAAAAUAAGAAAGCAGAGAAUAGGUCAAGGUCUAAAGAGAAAACAGAUGGUAUAGAUGUUUCCAAAGACAAGAAAAAAGAAAAAGAUGACAAGGAAGAAGAAAAGGAAAAAGAUGUUAGCAACUUUGACCAGAAUAAGUUGGAAGAGGAAAUGAGAAAGCGGAAAGAGAGAGUGGAAAAAUGGAGGGAAGAACAGCGUAAAAAGGCAAUGGAAAAUAUAGGAGAACUGAAAAAAGAAAUUGAAGAGAUGAAGCAGGGGAAAAAAUGGAGUCUUGAAGAUGAUGAUGAUGAUGAAGAAGAACCUGCAGAAGGGGAAAAGGAAGGGAAUGAAAUUGAGGAUGAAGAAUUAGAUCCAUUAGAUGCAUACAUGGAGGAAGUCAAAGAGGAGGUCAAGAAAUUUAAUAUGAGGAGUGUUAAAGGUGGUGGUGGAAGCGAGAAGAAAUCAGGACCAACUGUUACAAAAGUUGUCACUGUUGUGACAACUAAAAAGGCAACUGUAGAAUCUGAAAAGAAGAAAGGAGAACUCAUGGAGAAUGACCAGGAUGCAAUGGAGUAUUCAUCAGAAGAGGAAGAAGUUGAUCUUCAAACAGCCCUUACAGGCUAUCAGACCAAACAGAGGAAGCUCCUAGAACCAGUUGAUCAUGGAAAAAUUGAAUAUGAACCAUAUAGAAAAAACUUUUAUGUUGAAGUUCCAGAGCUGGCAAAAAUGUCUCAAGAUGAGGUGAAUAUAUUUCGGUUGGAAAUGGAGGGCAUUACAGUCAAGGGAAAAGGCUGCCCCAAACCAAUAAAAACUUGGGUCCAGUGUGGAAUUUCAAUGAAGAUAUUAAAUUCUCUCAAAAAACAUGGUUAUGAAAAGCCUACACCAAUCCAGGCCCAAGCCAUACCAGCUAUCAUGUCUGGACGAGAUUUGAUUGGCAUUGCCAAAACAGGAAGUGGAAAAACAAUUGCUUUUCUCUUGCCCAUGUUUAGACACAUCAUGGAUCAAAGGGCUUUAGAAGAAGGAGAGGGUCCCAUAGCUGUCAUCAUGACUCCAACUAGAGAGCUGGCUUUACAGAUUACUAAAGAAUGUAAGAAGUUUUCCAAGACAUUGGGACUUAGAGUUGUAUGUGUCUAUGGAGGGACAGGAAUCAGUGAACAGAUUGCCGAACUGAAACGAGGUGCUGAAAUUAUUGUUUGUACACCUGGUCGAAUGAUUGACAUGUUAGCAGCUAAUAGUGGUAGGGUGACAAACCUUCGAAGAGUAACAUAUGUAGUUCUUGAUGAAGCAGAUAGAAUGUUUGACAUGGGUUUUGAGCCACAGGUCAUGCGCAUCGUGGAUAAUGUCCGACCUGAUCGGCAAACUGUUAUGUUUUCUGCCACUUUCCCUAGAGCAAUGGAGGCUUUGGCCCGUCGGAUCCUGAGUAAACCGAUUGAAGUACAGGUUGGAGGAAGAAGCGUGGUUUGCUCUGAUGUUGAACAACAGGUGAUUGUAAUUGAAGAAGAAAACAAGUUUCUGAAGUUACUUGAGCUGCUGGGACAUUACCAGGAGUCAGGAUCUGUUAUCAUAUUUGUAGAUAAACAGGAGCAUGCUGAUGGUCUUUUGAAGGACUUGAUGAGAGCAUCUUAUCCUUGCAUGUCUCUUCAUGGAGGCAUUGAUCAAUAUGACAGAGAUAGCAUCAUUAACGACUUUAAGAAUGGGACAUGUAAACUUCUGGUGGCCACUUCUGUUGCUGCACGAGGACUUGAUGUGAAACAUCUAAUCCUCGUAGUGAAUUAUAGCUGCCCUAACCAUUAUGAGGAUUAUGUCCACAGAGCAGGCAGAACUGGAAGAGCAGGCAACAAAGGAUAUGCCUAUACUUUUAUCACAGAAGACCAAGCAAGGUAUGCAGGUGAUAUAAUUAAAGCUCUGGAGUUGUCGGGGACUGCAGUCCCUCCUGAUCUAGAAAAACUUUGGAGUGAUUUUAAAGAUCAACAGAAAGCUGAAGGGAAGAUAAUCAAAAAAAGUAGUGGCUUUUCUGGUAAAGGAUUCAAAUUUGAUGAAACAGAACAAGCUUUGGCCAAUGAGAGGAAGAAGUUACAAAAAGCAGCACUUGGUCUACAGGAUUCAGAUGAUGAAGAUACUGCAGUUGAUAUUGAUGAACAGAUUGAAAGCAUGUUCAAUUCAAAGAAGAGAGUUAAAGACAUGGCAGCUCCUGGAACGUCUAGUGUCCCUGCUCCAACUGCUGGAAAUGCAGAAAAACUGGAAAUUGCAAAGAGAUUGGCUCUGAGAAUCAAUGCCCAGAAGAAUUUGGGAGCCGAGGCUCAGGAUGUAAUGCAACAGGCUACCAAUGCAAUCCUAAGAGGGGGCACUAUUCUGGCCCCUACUGUAUCUGCAAAAACCAUUGCAGAACAACUUGCUGAAAAGAUCAAUGCCAAGCUCAAUUAUGUGCCUAUAGAGAAACAAGAGGAAGAGAGGCAGGAUGGUGGACAAAAUGAAUCUUUUAAGAGAUAUGAGGAAGAAUUAGAGAUCAAUGACUUCCCACAGACUGCAAGGUGGAAAGUUACCUCUAAGGAAGCUCUGCAGAGGAUCAGUGAAUAUUCUGAAGCUGCUAUUACAAUUAGAGGAACAUAUUUCCCUCCUGGCAAAGAACCCAAGGAAGGAGAGCGAAAAAUUUACCUGGCAAUUGAAAGUGCCAAUGAACUGGCGGUGCAGAAGGCAAAGGCAGAAAUUACUAGGCUUAUAAAAGAAGAAUUAAUCAGACUGCAAAAUUCAUAUCAACCAACAAAUAAAGGAAGAUAUAAAGUUCUAUAAACAUCUGGAGAAAACCUCUUUACCAGUUGCUGGUGUGUGAAACUUUGUGGCUUCUGUUGUCUUUGGAGUUUACAGUAUAUUGUAAAUUAAGAUUUUUUAAAACUUUGUCUUGAUUUUUUUAUACAAGAAAAACCAGUAUUUGCUUAAAAAACAAAACAUGACCUUUUUCCACUCCCCUAAGAUGAUCGGACUUAAAACAAACUUGUUUGCAGAGUUUACUUAUAAGUAUGGAAAUAUGGAUUAAAUAGACUUUAAUCCUGAUAGACUCCAACUUAAUACAUAUGGAAAGAUUUGGACAUUUCAUUGGAAAUUGGUAAAAUACACUUUUAGCUUUGGGAGGUUUUUUGGUUUGUUUUUGGUUUUUUGGAGCAAUUCACAUUACUGACUUACAAUGAAAUGUUGAUUUAUUUCCUAAAUAAAGGGUAACAUUCUCUUUCUUGGCUUGUUUUUGCCUUUCUUGGCAUAAAUCUGAUUGGCAUACAUCAAAGCAUAUGAACUAGAAAUGAGGUUGUUAUCCUCAAAUAUUUAGAAUAUGGGCUCAGAGUCUCUGUCUUAACUUUUAUCAUAGUAAAUGGAUAACUUUGUGUUCUUUGUACAAAUGAAAAAUAUGUGUAGCAGUCAUUUUUUUCUCUAUGUGUGAAAGGAUUUUAACAUUUGAUUUUAGAUUUCCCUUUAAUCUCUGAAUUAUAUUUUUUAAUCCCUACAGACAAUUGAUUUUUAUAACCAAGUCUCUAAAGAGUCAGAUUUUUUCCAACUCUUUUACAGUUUGACUAUAUAUUUAAAUUUGAUAUAUACAAAUGCCCCCAGUACUAGAUUGCCCUUAUUAGAAUGUAUACUGUUUUUCUUUAAAAUUAUGGAACACAAUUAUGACCUAGCAUUCAUCUUAAAGUUUGGCCUCUCUUCAGGAAAACAAACUGCUUAUUUCUUGGGAUAGUUAUAAAUGUAUUUGUUUUUUAGCCCUCAGAUGACAUAAAUUCCUGGAUCUGGAGCUUCCAUGCUGUUCUUCUGAUUUAGGCUGUGAAAUUUUGAUCACCCAGGGGCCUAUCUGUACUUAGUACAAGUCUUUCAAAUUAAGACACUGAAUGGAGAGAAAUUUUCAGGAGUUGAAUGCUUUGGUAGAAGAUUUUUAUUAAUUAAGAGACAAGAAAUCCUCUUUACUUGAGUGAAAGACAGUUUAAAAAUAAGACAUUGUAAAUAGUAUCACAAACUCAGUUUCUUAACAGUAUGUUAAAUAGCUUUAAGUGUCAGAGGAUGUCAAACCAUUACUACUUCAGGGUAGCAUUUUUAUCUGAGAAGUUGUCACCUAUAAAUUAAUAUGUUUCUGAUUCUACCUUGUCCAUUGUUUUUCUGGUGGCAGAUUAAAGAACCACAUACUAUGUGUACCACAAUAGACAAGCAAAACAGAUAAUUUCAAACUUCAGCCAUCUUUUAGAUCUCCUUCUCUUAAGAUUAUUUAUUUACUUAUUUUCUUCAGCCUGUGAUGGUUUAUGCUUCCUUUUGAUAGUGUAUUUCCAUCCUACACACAUGACAAUUGGUGCUGCCUUCAGCCAGCAUCAGUCACGUUGGGGUUGAGACUUUUUAAAAAAAAAUCAAAAGAACUCUGUUUUAUGUUUGUCCUUCUAGUUAUCAAGAGAAGCCAUGCUAGAAAUAUUAUUUUGUUCAGAAAGCAAACUGUGUUAGUCCAUUGUUCCUAGUGUCACAGUGUCACAGCUGGAUUUUUAAGAUUUGGAUGAUGUACAGACUUUAACUUUUUUUUAUGCAAUAUAUCAAUAUUUGUUCCUAUGUUUUCUAAAUUCCUCCAAAAAUAAAAUAAUAAAAUAAG